AUGUCAAAGAAUCAACUCUAUGAUAUCAUGUCCCGGAUGAAGAACCAGGAUCAAGCGAGACAAAUCUUGAUUCAAAACCCUUUACUCACUAAAGCUCUCUUUCAGGAAGCUGAUAUAGUUGUUGAAGACCAGCCAAGAUCACCUAUACUAGGGGUGAGUUUAUUGCAUGCUAAUAAUAAAGAAAAAGUGGAAGUAGGAGGAAUUGGCGAGAAAGGGACCCCACAAGUUGAUAGUAGUCCAUUACCAUUGGUUAAAAAAUGUUCUCUACUUAUUCUAUUCGUUCAUCUGGAAAGAGGGAGGAACCCUAAAUCUGAUAAGGAAGAAAAUAUUUAUCCGAGGGUAUUCUUGUCAUUUGUGCUUAACAGACCAAAUCCACAGGUCAUUGUGUCUUGGAACGGACUUGUAGUUUCAUCAUUUGCUAAAGCAUCCAAGAUCCUCAACAACGAACCUGAUGUAACAAAAUUCAAUUUUCCUGUUGCUGGAACUGAUCCACAGGAGUACAUGGAGGUUGCAAAGAGAUCUUUGGUGUUCAUAAAGGAAAAUCUUUACGACUCCCAAUCUAGAAGGCUGCAACACAGUUUCAGGAAAGGACCUUCAAAAGCUCCAGGAAUCUUGGAUGAUUUAGCAUCUUGA